UGCAGCGUGGGGGUUGUAGUUUUCCUCUUCUCCAGGCCGGCUGCUUGCUUGGGUGACUCCGCAGCGGCUGCCGCAGCAAGAGGAGGCGGGGGGGACGAUGUCUGCCGUUUGGGAGCUGCUGGCUCUGAGCUCCUCUCUGCUGGUGGUUGUCUUGGCGCAGGGGGGCAAAUACUCCAGGGAGGCGAACGAGGCUGCUACAGCCGGCAGCCCGAAGCGCCAGGAGGCCGGGGAGUUCAGGGUUGUGAAGCUGAACCAGAUCUGGGAGAAAGCGCAGCGGCUUCAUCUAUCGGCUGUAAAACUGGCAGAGCUACAUAGUGACCUCAAAAUACAAGAAAAGGAUGAGCUGAGCUGGAAAAAGCUGAAGGCUGAAGGGCUUGAUGAAGAUGGAGAAAAACAAGCCAAACUUAGACGCAAUUUACAUGUAAUUAUGACUAAAUAUGGAAUGAAUGGUAAAAAGGAUGCCCAACUAGUAGAUACCAAUCAUAUCAAAGAUGGCACAGAAAGUGAUGUGCUAGAUGAUCCAAGACUGGAGAAAUUAUGGAGCAAGGCCAAGACCUCUGGGAAGUUUUCCGAUCAGGAGCUGGAUAAGCUGUGGCGGGAAUUUAAGCAUCACAAAGAAAAGAUUCACGAAUAUAAUAUCCUGCUAGAGACUGUGAGCAGAACAGAAGAAAUCCACAAAAAUAUGAUCAACCCAACUGAAGAAGACCAGUUCAAAGAGGAAAUCUUGCAUGGCAAACACACAGAACUCAAAGACAAAAUGCGAAGCAUCAAUCAAGGGUUUGAUCGUUUACGUAAAAUCAGCCACCAAGGAUAUGACACAGCCAGUGGUUUAGAAUUUGAAGAACCCAGAGUGAUUGACUUAUGGGACAUGGCCAAAUCAGCCAACUUUACCGAGAAAGAACUUGAAUCAUUUCGGGAGGAGCUUAAACACUUUGAAGCAAAAAUUGAAAAACAUCAUCAUUACCAGAAACAAUUAGAGAUUUCCCAUCAGAAACUAAAGCAUGUGGAGGGAACGGGAGAUAAAGAUCAUCUGAGCAGAAACAAAGAGAAAUACAUCAUGCUAGAAGAAAAGACUAAAGAAUUGGGAUACAAGGUAAAGAAGCACCUACAAGACUUAUCCAGUAGACUCUCAAGAGGUCUUCAACACAACGAACUCUGAACAUAUUUUCCAUGUUGUGAGAUCAAUAUACCCAAUAGAUCAUUUUCCUGGGACUUAUCAAAUACCUAGAGAAGCAGAUAAUUAAAUAUUAAGAACCCAACAGGAUUGUCCUUUUGUAAGGAAUAUGUUUUCAGUCCUUUUACAUUUUAGUCACUGAACUGAUAAUGUGAUAGUCAAAUUAAAUGAAUCAGUUAUAAAUAUA